AUGCGUGCCAGAUUCNCCAGAUUCGAUCAGAGACGUGUUCUGAAGCACGAAUAUGAACUGUUGAUAAAAUUUGAUGAACGCACUUAUAGUCUCUUCGGCUUAUAUCAGCAAGCAGUUGUUGGUGAUGUUAACGUGCCAAAAAUGGAUUACUUUGAUGCAGAAGAAAAAUCGUGGAUGUGGGGCUGGAUUAAAGGUAAUCGGAAGUGGCAUGCUUGGAACAAAUGUAAAGGAUUAUCAAAAUCUGAUGCAAUGUUUAUGUACAUCAAUGAAGUAAAACAACUAGAAAAAGAGUUGCCAACAUUGAUUGAUGAAUGGAAAGACGAACAAGAUCCCAGAAUACCGGAUCAGAAUGCUUGGGUUCCCGAGGAGGAACUGCCUCAGCGAUUAGCUGCGAUCGAGGAGGCGAAACGACGUAGACGGUGCCCAUUCACAUCACUAUUAUUAAUCAGUAGUGGCAAUGGAAGUGACAAUCAACGUGUUUUUGGAUCUAGUAUCAUUUAUUCUGAAUGCUGUUGA